GCGCUACAGAGCAAACAGGCUCAUCAUCUGAUCAUAGAUAACCAUGCCAGACUAUUUAUGGCAGGUUCAGUUUGUUUUAUUAUAGCUGAAGCAAAACAAGCUGUUCAGUUGCUCUAUGAGAGUCCCUCAACUACAAUCGGUGCUCAGGCUGUAACCUUCGCACAACUUUAAUAUUUUUAUGUUCACUGCGUUAAUGGUUGUUAAUUUUACCACACGGUGAACUUGGUCCAGUGGUCCACAGUUUGAACUCUCUGAGGUUUAACUGACUCAGAUUACAAAUUAUAAUGUUGGCGUUACAGCCCCCUUAAAGGGCUCAUUGUCAGAAAACAUAAUCCAAAAUAAAUGGGGACCCUUCAUUUUAAGGUAGCAACAAUAACACAAAACUGAUGAGCCACACAAAACGGAACCACUUUCUUCCCUCUAAUCUAAGACAUAAAAAGCUUCACCUGUGAAUAGAAAACACAACACAGUGAUUCAAACAUCAUUUGCCUCGCUUUCGUUUUCGCAAAAACAGGUACACCAUUUACACGCAGCCCAGGUAACAGCCCCGCCCGCGCGGUUCUGUACACGCAGCAGUUCCACUCCUCCUCCAGUUAACGCGCACGAUUUACGUAAUGUCAUCAAAUCAACAAAAAAAGUGGCCUGCGAUUGGUCGAAAUCAAAAUGACGUAAAAACCAAAAACAAACAAACAAUAAAAACUAAAAACGUCCCCUGCCUUUAAGGUACAAACUUUACAGAUGUGAUUCAACGAGACAAGAAGGACGCACUUGUUUUCUUCUUCCGCAGUUGUUUGGAGAUGGAUGUCACGUACGCGUAAACGUUCCCCCAGUGUCAAAGCUCACUCGCCCUAAAAACAGCAGGACCGCGGUCCUGCGCUGUUGACAGUUGUCGAGCUUUCUGCUCGCAGCUUUCCCUCCGGAGGACGAUGGCGGAUAUCUACCGGUACCCGGUCUUCUUUGAGUGCCACAUCCCCCUCUUAGAGCAGAGGAAGAAAGUAGAAAGAUAUUUCUGUAUUCAGCGCAGAUCUGGCGGUGGAGACUGCGGACCGGUGGAGAAUGUCAAGGAAAACGUCUACACAAUAGCUUUCAGACAUCAGAAAGAUCAGCAGGCAGUCCUUCAGAGAUCAGAGCAUGUUGUGGAUCUUCCAGGCGGUCGUGUUGCGUUCACUGUCCGAGCCAGCCUCGAUCCUCCCAGCCCCACAGCUCCAGAAGAGGACCCAGACCCUGGCCCUCCCUCACCUCUUCCAUCACCUGAGGAAGAAUAUGAGCCACACCUUAAUGAACAUCUCCUUCGUUACCUGAACGAAUGCUCCAUGGCCAAGAGAGAAGUGGAGGAAAAGCUCUCUGCUGUGGCCUGCUCUGCCCAGCUCCACCCAGAGGAGGGGAGGGUUUUAGUCAGGAGGCCAGCUCAGCCUCUAGGUGAAGGAAGGAACUGGAAAGCUGAGGUAGAUGAAGUCUUUGAUGGCUACCUUUGCCACACUGAGGUUGACCCUCGCAAAGUUGCAGCUCUGCUUCAGUCCUGCAGCUCUCCUGAGAGCGCUGACGAGGUGGGGGUGUACGGCGAGGCUGGGGUGGCUGUUGUUGUAGGGGAGCGUUCUCAGGUGAACAGCAGGUUGAUGGAAAUAGAGGACAGGUUAAACUUGCCGAGUCAUUUGGGGAUGAACGUGGAUGCUGUUGGUCAAGAUGCACCAAGAGGAGCCACUGCUGGAGCUCCUGGAGGCAUUGUCCAUGUAGAGAUCGUUCAGGGAACCAUCGAGACCCAGGAGGUGGAUGCCCUGGUGUCUCCCAUGGUCGGACACGAUCUUCUCUCCACCCGCAUUGGAAGCACUUUACACAAAAUAGUUGGAUCUCAGCUGACUACAAGGUUUACAGAGGAAUCAGAGGAUGAAACUCUCCCUGGCGAUUCAGUGUUGGUGGAGGGCUUGUCCGGACUUCUGUCUAAUGCAGUGUUCUUCCUCAAUCUUUUUCCCUGGAAUGUUCACCAGAACGAAAGCUAUGAUGAACAAACUGCAGUCCAGGUCCUCAGACUGGGAAUCCGUAAAAUCCUAACUUCCUGCGUGAACAGAGGCUUUGGAUCUGUCGCUCUUCCAGUUCUAGGGAGUGGGAUUGCUCUGCGUUUCCCUGACGACGUGGCAGGCAUGGUUUUACUGGAGGAGGUUUGUGCGUUUGUGAGCAGUACACCGCUCCUGGUCCGGAUUGUCGUCCACCCAGAUGACGAAGAGUCUUAUUGGGCUAUCCAGUCUAUGCAGGAAACUUUGAAAUACCAACAACACCAAGCGUCGACUCCAAAAAGGAUAGUUUUGCUGGGAAAAACUGGAUCUGGGAAAAGCAACCUGGCUAACACCAUACUAGGAGAGGAAGUGUUUGCCACAUAUCAUUCUCCCAACUCUGGAACAACUGCAUGUGAAGCAAAAACCAAAUCCGUCAAUGGAAGAAGCAUCACUUUGAUCGACACCCCCGGCCUCUUCGACACAGAACGGUCUGAAGAGCAUAUAAAGCAGGAAAUAGUGAGCUGUAUCACUGAGUGCGCUCCAGGGCCUCACGCCUUUCUCAUUGUGCUCAAAGUGGAUAAAUACACAGAGCAGGAGAAAGAAUUAAUUAAGAAAAUAUGCGAUUGUUUCUCUGAAGAUGCUCUAAACUACGCUGUAAUCGUCUUCACUCACGGCAACCAGCUUCCCAAAAAGAUGAAAAUCGAAGAGUUCGUCAAGAAGAACAAGAACCUGAGCGACCUGGUAGAUCGGUGUGCCGGACGGUGCCACGUCUUUGAUAACAGGUACUGGGACUGCCCACAGCAGCAGAACAAGUACAGGAGCAACCAGUUCCAGGUGGAGGAGCUGCUCAAAACGAUAGAUAAGAUGGUGAUGGAAAACAGCGGAAGGUGGUACAGCAAUGAAAUGAUCCAGAAUGUUGAGAAAGAAAUACAGAUAGAGGAAGAGGUCAUCAGACGCUCGUCAGGAAACCUGUCACCACAGGAGAUCAGGAACCAGGCUAAAACCAAAGUCUCCAACAGAUUUCUGAUCCAGUUGGCAGGGACUGCAACAGGGAUUUUGUUAGGAGCUUUUUUUGGUUUGGAAUUCAUGGUGAGAGAAGUGACCACAGCUGUCAACCCAUCACAACUUAUCAAUCUAGGCAAAAAAGUCCUAGCAGGGGAUGUGGCAUUAGCAGCUGGAGUGGUAGCAGGCGUGACGAUGACAGCUGUGGCUGCAACAGGAGCAGCUUUAGGAGGCGCUAUUGGACAUGACAUAUCUCAGGAUGCACAAUCCCCAUUAGAUGCAGUAGAGCGGACAGCUGGGGCUUUAAAUGAGAAAAGAAAACAAAUAACCUCUAAAAACCUCUAAACUUUCCUAAUAGUUUUGUUGUCUGAGGGCGUAGAACGGGAGCAUUAAUGUGCAGCCCACAUAUCUGCAGAAAUGUCCGAUGAUCUCAUCAACAUGGUCUAAAAUCUCUAUUUAAUAUUUCAUACAUGUUUCCCAUCACAGCAUCUCGUGGAACCUGUGCAAAGGGGAACUAGUUUACGUUAUGUUAUGGGAUUAUUAUUAUUACACUGCACCUGCAGGCUUUGACCAACAGGGGGCUCCCUAAAGCUGCAGCAUAGAGAAGAGCGUCAAGCGGUGGCCAUUCUGGUUCACUUCAUGAACGCAUUUGAUCUUUUGAAAAUGUAGAUCUAGAUAUAUUUUGAUUAUGAAUUGACACAUACGGGCUUAAAUUGUUUUUGUUUGGAUGGAUAAAAUAUUAAUGAAAAAGUUUAAAUCCUUUACUAACAGCUGUUUUUAGCUGCAAUCAUUACCACGAUGCAAUGUACAAUAUUGUUAAACUGUCACCAGCAGAGGACGUAAUACUGUGCAACUCUAAACAAGUUAAACGCAGAACUGAGCUGAUCUUGUGAGGUGUUGCCCUUUAACACAGUUCUCCCUGAGCAGGUCAUUAUGAUGAUAAUAACCUGUUGCAUUUAACCGCACCUCUUCUAUUAGAACCAGAGAGCGGUGUCUUCUUUGCCAAGCGUGUCGAACUAAUUGAAACUCCAAAUCCGCCUCGUGAUUAGCUGACACCAAACCGUGACUUCAAACCAGUCCAGCUGCAUUUUGUUUAGCGUUGUUUUAGAUGGGACUAUGAGCUGGAUCGCUGAGAAUUUUCACAGACAGUUCCCUCAGAAGCUGCACCGGGAGUUUUCGGGAUCAGGAGGAGAAAGAGAAGGGUUAAUAGAGCUGCGUAGAGGAACAACAUGCGGGCUGAGGUAAAGGUGAAAUUAAAACACUGAUAGAGGAGAUGUUGGUACUUGCACUUAACAGAUAUAAUGCCAGAUAGCUGUUUACACAAAACUGAACACAAAACACAAGUUCAGCAGUACACACGGUCUGUUGAAAUAACUGUCUCUGGUUAGGUUUAUUUAUCUGUCUAUUGCUAUUUUUCAAAUAAAUGAUUUGCACUAUA